UCAGGCGAGGGACCGAGUAAGCAAGCGGCGAGAAGUCCCGCAGAUGGAGUGCGUGCAGAGUGAGGAAAAGGAAUCAAAGAUCAGCUAGCGAGAUUUUAAAAUUACCCAUGAAGGAGAACCGAGCAAAAUAAAAUAGCCGAGCUCAAAACAUUCGUGGAUGAUCUUGAACUUUUUUUGAGUCUUAUGCAGAUGCAGAAGAAUAGAUGUAUGCACACUUUAAAACGAAGCGGAUUGGUAAAAAGUUGAAUCAAAUAUCGAAAGCCUCCAAAACUAACUUUCUUCCAGGGAACCAGUUUGGACUCGGCGAAACUGCUUUAUUGAUUGCGCAGACACGGGAGCUUGGUGCAAUAUGGAUUUGUAAUUAUAUUUGUUCAGAGGAUUUUCUUUUAUCCUGUUCCUUUUUUUGGAAUUUGUUACGUUUGCAACUGGGUUCCGUACACGGAUUUUCCUUUUCCAGUUAUUUCUUUUACUUUUUGUUUUGACAUAUUUAAGACAUUGCUUGAUUUUUUUUCACGAACGUAACAAACUUUUAUUAGGGUAGGAAUGGAAGGAAUGGUCCAGCAUUUAUUCUUGUUUUAUAUGAUCUUUCUCGGAGGCGUGUGGAGUGUCACCUACCCGCAGAGAUACAGCCUGUACACUGGGCAGAACCAACUAGCAUCGGCACAGGCGCAAAACGGGCAUCGGGCUACCAGCAGGCACAGGAACUGGUGUGCAUAUGUGGUGACCCGAUCAGUGAGCUGUGUAGUGGAGGAUGGUGUGGAGACCUACGUAAAGCCAGAUUACCAGCCAUGUUCUUGGGGACAGAUUCAGUGUCCUCACAUUGUGACGUACCGCAGUUUCAUGAGACCAAAGUAUAAAUUAUCUUACAAACUAGUUACUGAACUGGAAUGGAAAUGCUGCCAUGGAUUCUCAGGAGAUGACUGCAGUGAAGGACCAGCAGAGGGACAGUCUCAUGACACCAAGAUCACCACACACCGGCCAAGACCCAAACCACGCCCAGGACUGUCAGGUUCAAAACCAACAAUUACGCAGAUUGGAGGGGAGGGAAGAGAUGAUUCUGAUAAAGUGAAGCAGCUGGAAGAUAAAAUACAGAUCCUUACUAAAGAUCUUCAUAAUCUUCAAUCCACUUUGCAUGGGAUGAAUGAAAAAUUCCAGGAAGAAAUUCGUAGAACGCUAACCGUCAUCAAUGGGAAACAACCUGCUGAUGCUCCACAGAUGAAAGACACCAUACAUGAUAUUCAAACAAGGUUAAAUCAACUGGAUAUACGUAUUCAGAAACAUGAUGUAGAUUUGACCCAUUUGAACAAUCAUUCUCAAAAUAAUGGAGAGAACUGGGGCAACAUCAUUGAUUAUUCAGACACGAAAAUGAAUCAGAAAAUGGAAGAUAUGAGAGGUGAAGUACUAAAUGAAUUGGAGAGAAAAGUCAAGCAGUCUUGCUCAGCUUGCCAAUCCAGUUUGGAGGACAUGAAGAGACAACAGACAAAAGACAGAGAAAAAAUUAGUAGCUUGGAAAGACUCAUCAACUCUUUGGAACAAAGAAGCAGACAAUCCGAGUGCUGCACCGAAAUGAACCACUUUAAAACUAAUAUGAAGGACAUUGAAAACAGGCUAAAUUCUUUGUCAACGGCUUAUGAUACUUUGAAUAUCCGUUUUGAUAAUGAGUUUGAUGAAUUCAACAAAGACUUGAUUCUGAACAUUGAAAAGAAAAUCAGUGGACGCCUUGACACAUUAGAAGGCCAAUGUAACAAUACGGAAAAAAACACAGAGAAACAUUUUCUCUUAGUUCAAAAUGACUUGAACGAUAAAUUUCAUAAGGAAAUCAAUGACCUAAGGUAUGAGUUUACUGAUAGAAUGGAUGAGACUGAAGGAAAGCUGUCCAGUAUAAUGCAAAAUGUUGGUGGCUUGAAAGAUAAAGUCUCUGAACAUGAGGAAACAUUAGACAGACUCUUUAUUACUACAUCUGAUAUGGAAUAUCAGCUGGGAUCUGCUGUUAAUAUCUGCUCUUCAAUAUGUGAGAAAAAAGAGGAUUCUUCAAAAAUGUCUGACAUUGUAAAGAAUCUGGAGUGGAAAGUAACAGCUAAUGAAGGAGAGAUUAAAAAUUUUAGAACUGUUUUUAAAGACCUUUCAGUCUCAGGGGAUUCACUGAGGAACUCAGUUGUUGAUCUUAGUCAUGAUGUCAGGAAGCUAAAGGCAUUCAACGGAGCCAGCGCUGGUGACUUAAAUAAGGUGGCUGAAGAUGUUCAGAACCUUCAGAAUGAAUUUGACACUUUAACAUCUACUAGUUUUACAAUCUGUAAUUCUGUGAAAGACCAAAUGAUCACUCACCAAAACCAUACAGAGAUUUACAUUGAUAAAUUGUCCUCUGAUCUGAAUAAAUUACGCAAUCGUGUAGACUCUGGAGAUACCACGUGCGCUCAAGUAUGCUCUAAUCUACAAGAAGAAGUUGGUAAGUUAAAGGAAGAUGUAGAAAAAUGCAGCGGACAGUGUAAAAUAAUUCUGAAUAAGCCAAACAGAGGGGAAGAAGGUGAAAGCGAUCCCUUGGAUGGACACAGUGUCAUCAGUGGAACAUCCAACGUCAACCUAAAAUCGAUUCAAGGAGAACUUUCUGAAGUCAUCCUGUCCUUCAGCUCAAUUAAUGAUACACUGAAAGGUCUGGAGCAUACCGUACAAAAGCAUACAAGUGUGAUCCAUGACUUGGGUACUACUAAGGAUAAAAUUAUUUCUGAAAUAGACAAAAUCCAGCAGGAGGUGAAUGAACAUAUUGAAGACAGUAAAGGUAGAUUUGAUCAUGUUCAUCGGGAGAUUCAUCGGUUUGGUAGCAACUUUAUGGUCGAAAUGGGAGACUGUAAACAUUCAACUGAUGGCCUGGAAAAAAGGAUAGCAAAAAUGGAGAACCUUUGUGGCAAGCUUGACACAGUGUCAGGAAGCUUAGAAAAAAUUAAGGAUGGCCUAAACAGGCAUGUAUCAAGCCUUUGGAACUGUGUCAAUGGGUUGAAUAAAACAGUUACUACACACAAUGCAUACUUCGACACUAUCCAGAACACACAGCUCCAUGGCAUUAAUCAGAGACUGAACAUUCUGAACAGUUCCCUUCUUCAUAUGUUCUAUGAGUUUGAAAAUUUCACUCUGCAAGAUUUCCAAGGUCUACCUGGCCCACCUGGACCUCAAGGUGAGAGAGGUCUGCAGGGGCCAAUGGGCCCAACUGGUCCUCAGGGUCCCCCUGGUAAAGAUGGAACCCCAGGCAAGCAAGGGCCACCAGGACAAAUGGGUCCCCCAGGCCUGAGAGGUGAACAGGGUCCUCGUGGAACAAAUGCAGAUAUUCCCAAAGUGGCAUUUUCAGCAGCUUUACAAAAUGACCAAAUGGCUACUGGCACAGUCAUUUUUGAUAAAGUCCUAGUAAAUGAUGGAAACUUUUAUGACGAUUCUACUGGAAUAUUCACUGCACCUGUAAGUGGACGUUACUUCUUCAGUGCCAUUCUGACAGGCUUCAAUAACGAGAAGAUUGAAGCAGUGCUGUCUAAAUCCAACUUUGGAAUCGCAAGAGUGGAUUCUGGUGGAUUUCAGAUCGAAGGACUUGAAAACAAACCCAUAGCUGAAAACAAACAAACACCUGGCUCACUGGCUGUCUUCAACAUCAUCUUGCAUUUGAACGAAGGAGAAACAGUCUGCAUUGACCUAGUCAUGGGCAAACUGGCAUUCUCUGAUGAGCCGCUUACAAUUUUCAGUGGGGUCCUGUUAUAUCAAGAUGAGUAGUGCUGCUCAGUACUGCUGGAAAGACGGCUUUUGUUGUUGUUUCAGUUGAUAUCUAAUAAAAUAAUAAACACAGGAUGAUAAUGGGCUAGUGGAGCAUGCCAUAUCAUAAAGCAGAUACAAUUCUGAAAAUAAGCUGUGGAAUAGCUGACACUGAGACAUGCCUUCAUCUUACCUGAUUGUCCUACUGGCUCUAGUGGAUUUUAAUUCUUCUGAACAAUUUUUCCAUUUGACUUUUUGUAAUUUUGUAUGAUGAAGUUUCAAAAACGAAAAAAUGCAUUGCUGUAAAGAAGGUUGAAAAGUUCAUAUUUUUACUUCCAAGCUUUUAGGUAAUUAAAACGAAAGUGUAUAUUAUUUAACAAAGAAUUUCACUGCCAACUCCUGGUCCUCUAGUAAUUUUUCUUGUUUUUUCUUUCUUGUUUUAGAAUAGCAAAUGUAAACAUUUAGAAACAGGCCAUGCCAACCACUAAUAAAAAUAGCGGUAUCUAUUUUUUGUUGCUCACCAGGCAAAAGGGGUCACACAUAAACUUCAUCAUGUUAAAGCAAAAACAAGGCAGACAUUUUUAUGUUCCAAUUCUUUUGAUGUUACAGAGCUUUAAAUGUUGUGUCUGAAUUGUUUUGUGGCCUUUGUGUUCAUUUUUGUCAGGUUAGACUGUAAACUAAACACUUUGAGGAUACGUUUGAGAAAUAUUUGUUAUUUAAUCAUGCAUGCUUUCACGCUUGUAAAAUGGAGAAAAUGUUACUUUACGUUUACAGCUGUUGCUAUUAAAGUAUUGGGCUGCCUACAAAGCCAUUAUUAAGGGUUCUGUUUACUGUGAAAACCUGAAGGUUUCUCUGGUAGCCAUAUAAAAAGCAAAUUUGGCAACAUUUAAAUGACUUGACAGAGAACUGAAUUGUAGAUAGAAGUGGGGUCUGGCUGUUACAGUUGUGACUGAAGGUGACAAUAUAAUGAAAUAGUACAUGUCUGAAUGGGGAAAACUGAACAAUUUGCUUAACUAUAAAUUUAAGUCUUAUUUAUAUUCUUUAAAUACUUUCCCUCAAAAAGGAGUUGCAGUAUGGGCGUUCUCCUGUACUGCUAAAAUAUUGGACCUUGGUGAGGGCAUUAUAUUAAUAACCAAAGAACACUGAACCCGCCACUCAUGGAUGCAUGAAACACUUUUACUGGAGUCUAUGCUUACAAUAUAGCAUAUAGUUGAAGGACCAUAGGAACACUGGAGAGCAUCUGUUUAAAAAUGAGUCCUUCAAGAGGACAAUUCCAUUUGCAAAGUCCUUUUUCCAUUUGCCAGCCUUUUGUGUAUCUUCCUUUUAUGCAUAGAAUUGCUUUGAGAACAUGGUCCUGCGGCCAGGUUAUAGCCAAUAUCUCCUUUUGUACUCUCUUUUAAGCAAUAUUAAGAUUUUCUAAGCUACUAAGAUAAUUCAAAUCUCAAGAAAGGUCCACUUUUUUAAAAUAGAAUAAUAAUAAUAAUAUUAAAUAUGUCCCACAUCUCUUCAAUGAACCUUACUAACACCUAUAUAUGAUUUUAUAAUACAAGUGUAGAAUGUGAAACAAAGAAUACUCUUCAUUCUUUACUUAAGUUGGUAACACUUCAGUUUAGAUAUUGCAAAAAUGCAUCUAUUACUCAUUUACUCUUAUGUAGCAAGACCUUGACAAAGUCUUCUUUUGGUCUUCAUGACACUUACGAAACAUCAGCAUAUUGGUUAUUCAUCUCUGUGGAACGUGACAUAAGGACAUGACGGUAAAAUUACUUGAUAAUAUGGAGGAUUCACAGGUCUUAUACCAAAUAUGUAAUAUGAAGAGAAAUGUGUCUCAGUUAAGCCACCUCAGACCAGCCAAGUGAAGUUUUGUUAUUAGGUCACAUUGCAGAGAUGAAUAAACACUUUACUGAUGCUUUGUAAGAGUUAUAAAGACCCAAGGAAGUGCACGUUAAAGUCUUGUUACAAUAUGGGGAAUGAGAAAUAGACGCAUCUUUGCAGUGCCCAAACUAAAGUGUUACCAUUAAGUCUAACCAGAUGCACCGAGCAGAUGAACACUAUUAUAUAAAUAAGUAAAGGUCUGUUUAAAGUUAAAUGUAUAACUAACUUUAAAGAAGGAUGAGUUUAUAAUAAUGGAAGUAUGAAUUGUUCUAACAUCUACAGAAACUGAUAAAAUCAUCCAUCCAUUUCCUAAACUGAGUAUCUGCUGGAAAUGCUGGAGCUGAGAGGUGCUAUCUCAUUACACGUGUCAUGAUUUUCUCAUUACUAUUAUUUUUUGGUUAUGUUCUGUCCUUUUUGAUUCCGUUUGCGUAAUAUUCUUUGCUUUCUGUUAUGGUAUAUUUAUUCUAUCGCUAUGACAGUGACAUUACCACACCACCAUUUUUAAUUGUGAUAUUAUCACAAAAGACACCAGAUUAUGCUCAGUUUCAUUGGCCAUAUUACAUAUAGCAACAGAAUCCAUUGCUACAAAGUGUCUGCUACCAUUAUUUUGCCUGAUGUCAUUGUAGGACCAGUAUUUAAGAUGGUGGCGCAGUAUGUUCACUAUCUACUUUUAUCUAUAUUUCAUAAAAAAAAAAGCAAUUUAAUGAGGGAAACGACUUUUUGCUUUUGUUUUUGGCUAAGAUUUUUAACACACCAUUUUUGAACUGCCUCCAGAUUUUUGUUCCUUCUAAUUUUGACCUUUUGCUUUCUAAAUGCUAUUCUUUCCCUAGUCUCCCUUUGUCAGUUCUAUUUCCUGGCACAUUAUUUUCUUUCUUUCUUUCUUUCUUUCUUUGGCUUUGAGCUCCUCAGAACACGGGACUUUUACUCCGAUACCUACAUUUUGGUGUAUUUUAUUAUGUGCAUAUUCUAUCACUCGGUAGUUUUAGGAAUAAGAGUCUUCAGACGUUUCAAGUCUUCUGAAAACUGUAUGCACCACACUUUAUCAUAUGAUAUGCUGUAUUAUACAAGAAUAGACUACGUUUGUAAAAUAAAAAGGCGCCAACCAUUUAUUGACAUUUAAAAGGACAAUGGAUGGGUGUCCACGGCUAACAAGAACCUAGAAAAAUGGGUUUCCGCAAAUUUUGAUACUUAUGCAAACAUUUACUAAGCAAACAUUUUUUCAGAACAAACAUACUCUUGUUAAAUAUGUAGUCUUUCAAAAGUGUCAACAUUAAGACUGCAUUUCUUGAUUACUUAUCGAGUAUGUUUUAUAAAGGGGCACUGGUAUAAUUUAAAAACACUUUAAUAUAACAUUAUGGUAGGAUUGCAUAUCAUUCCACUUGUGCUUACGAUAUUGACUUAACUCUCUUCUGUAUCAUGUUAAAAUUUAUAUUAAUUGUGAUCAUUUGUGAACUUUCAAGUAACAUGACACUGUAGUGUAGAUGGAAAAAGAAUAGCAGUCCAACCCCUGAUUUGACACAACAAUUGAAAUCAAUCAUUUAGACGAAUUUUAAAAAUCCAUAUAGAACUACUCAGGUAAUAAUUUAACAUAAGAAAUAUUUCUGAUUAAAUUACAAUAAGCCACAAUAUUUUAAAAUCAGAAAUAUUUCUAAUAAAAAUCCACUAAGCCACAUUCCUCUCUAAUUCUUUAUUGUGUUAUAAUGAAUCUUUUAGCAAUAUAACCCUAAAGGUUCAGCACUGCAUAUCAUCUGAAUUUCAAUAAAGUGACUUGUAUUGUUUGUUUAAAUACUAAAGAAUUUCACUGUAGAACUGUGUAACGAUGAAUUCAAAUCUUAAAAAGAUACUAUGUCAGAAAUAAUAAGGUAUGUGACUUUAAAAAAAAAUUUUGCUUGCAUUACGCACUGACAUAAUUUUAGAAAAUACUUUAUGAACAGCAUUAAUUGGCGCGUAACUCUUAAAAAUAUUCAAUUAUUAAGCGCAAACAGAUACACAAAGAAGCAUUUUUAUAGCACAACAUAUCAAAUCAGGGGUAUACAUUUUCAAUACCCGUGCCUUUCUAUGUGUGUCUGUGCUCACUUGUGCACUGUAUGCUAUUCAGGGAUAUUCAAAUAUAGCAGGUUGAUUUUAAAAUGAAGAAUUGUAUUUUCAGUGACUUAGCUUGGUAAUAUUACCUGUUUUCCCAGUAUCAAAGCUUUUAUUAUUUAGUCUAAGGUGCAUAUCUGCAGACUCUAUAUACUACACUGUACAGUAAGACUUCACUUUUCCCUAAAUGGUCUUGUAUAUUAGUUCAGAGGCAGCAUUGCAAGGGAGUAUUAACUGUUUAUUUAACUCAUUUGCAAAUGUUAGAUGUAGCACAAUUAAAGCAGAAUUCUUAGAAUUUUCUGCAUUUACAGUAUGUUAGACAUUAGGAAGUUGUAAACUGUUUCCAAGUAACUCUGUUAGCAGCCACCAUUCAAAUAAAUUUGUAUCUCUAACAGAGCUCAGAGGCUUUUUCAUUGAUGUACUUAUUAAAUCUGACUAUGUGAAAACAGAAAUGUGUCUUGAGAUUGUACAGGUUUUCUAAGUCUGUGACAAUUUUUGUUGUAAGUGUAUGGAUUCCUUUUUUAUUUUGCAUCCAAAAAAUGUAUAUUGAAGUGGAAACACUCCAUAAAAACGUAUCUUAAAACUUGAAGACCAAAUAAAAGCUUUCCAAUUAUUCA